CCAUCCUUAAAACACACAGAACAACGGGAGGACAAAAGAGGCAAACGGAGGGGGGGGGUGAGAGAGAAUGAAGGAGCAUCACUGAUGAAAAGGCGGGCGUGAGGAGAUGAGAUGAGAGGUGAGGCGAGGCGAUCGCACGACUCCCAGCCACGGCGGAACGACGGGGGCCGGAUCAGCAGCGCGGUGGCGAUGCGCUGAAGCGAAGCUGACCGCUGCGGUUCCUGGAGCAUCUUCCACCAUGCUGGGGAAGGACUACAUGCUGGCCAUCAUCAUCGUCAACUAUAACGAUAACAUCUGGAAUGAUCAGGACCUUGACCUGGACUCGGACUUGCCCCCUGGCUGGCGUACCAUCCGGGACAGCACUGGCACGUACUACUGGCACGUACCCACCGGUGCCACACAGUGGCACCACCCGUCACAUGGCGCCGAGGGUGACCCAAGCUCCGCCCUCACGGGCACCAGUAAAUGCAGGAGAUUCAGCACCGGCACUGAGCAAGGUUCUGGAAUAAGGGGGACGAUGAGCCCAACGUCGACCCUGCAUGACAGGGGAAGCCUGCAUUGGCACGAAGAUCACUUUUAUACCAACAACGAUCCUGACUCUAAGUGUUUUGCUGUGCGUUCCCUGGGUUGGGUGGAGAUCCCCGAGGAGGACCUGGCUCCGGGGAAGAGCAGCAUCGCCGUCAACAACUGCAUCCAGCAGCUGUCCUACAGCAAGUGUGAGGGCAGGGAGGCUGCGGGGGCAUGGGGGGAGGGUCAGGACAUGGUCAUGGUGCUGAAAAAAGACACUCUGAGCUUGGUGGACCCAGCAGACCACAGCCUCAUCCACUGUCAGCCCAUCGUCGGCAUCCGUGUGUGGGGCGUGGGCUGCAACAAGGGAAGGGACUUUGCCUUCGUAGCCAGCGACAAAGACACAUGCAUGCUAAAGUGCCACGUGUUUCGCUGCAACGUCCCGGCCAAAGCAAUCACGGUGGCCCUGCACGACAUGUGCUCCAAGAUCAUGUCGGAGAAGGCCAAGAUGCAGCCCUCCAUGCCGCGAUCUGUUACCGUGGAGAGCAUCUCCCCCGAGGAUCUGCCGAGACACGUUGACUUCCUGGAUGCAGUGAGGCAGAGGGAGCAGAUGUUUCCAGUGGAGUAUAUCGGUGAAAUGCCCGUCCCCCAGGCCAUGGGUAUGGAGGUGCUGAACAGGGCAAUCGAGAACGUCAUGAACAUGACGGACAGGGAUGAGUGGGAGCCCACGGUCCUCCACGUUUCGGACGCCGUGCUGUCCCUCUGGAGAGGAGAGGAUGGAGACGACCCACUCUGGGAGUUUCAGGUGCGCUACCUGACCUUCCUGGGCGUGGGUCACGACAGGCACACCUUCGCAGUGAUCGUGGAUGGGGGGACGCAGCGAUUCCAGUGUCAUGUCUUCUGGUGUGAGCCCGACGCCGGGUUUAUCUCGGAGGCAGUGCAGGCGGCUUGCAUGGUCCAGUAUCAAAAAUGUCUGGUGGCCCAAACUCCGCCGCUCAAGUCCAAAACGUGGCGGUCUGGCAGCAAGGUGAAACGGACCAGCUCCGUAGACAGCACCACCUUCCUACCCCCCCACAGCGGACUCUCACCCCCAAAGUUUGGGACGACCAACGUCAGAAAGAGCAUGCUGGCCUUCUUCGAGGCCUUCCGAAACAAACCCUCCCCCGUACCCGCCCCCUAGCGACCGUCGAUACCGUGCCAUGACUGUGACUUGGCCAGCAAGGAGGACUCUUAUUUUGACAUAUGAGGUGAUUGUUGUCACGCAUGAAGACCACCUGCAUUUUUCACCUGUUUGUACAUGGUUUUAAAACUAUACAUGUGUCUCAUCAAGAAGUUUUAAAACGUAACUCUGUAGAUUGCAGAGCAAAAGAAGAAUGUUGAAAGUGCAAAAAUUAAAUUAUUUCAUAUUUUUCCCCAGUCAA